AUGGAGGGAAGAGGGGGACGAAGGAGCGAGGAGGCGAGCAAGGAAGGUGAUGAACAGGAGGAGCAGGAGCAAGAAGAGUUACAAAGCGACGAGGAGGAGCUGUGGGUGGAGACCAGCCUCGAUUUUGCGCCAUUUUUGACUGUGGCCGGUCUUCGUCGGUCACAGCAGAAGGUGGGCGCCAGCCUGGACCUCAAGGCCAAGAAGUCGCCCCACAACAACAAAUCAAAGAAGAAAGACGGGUUCGAGGAGCUGAAGCGGCGGCAGAACGAGGAAGAGGAGGGCGAGUGGCCGGGAGAGCGGUACGGCCACACGGCGGUGGUGGAGGAGCGUGGCGGCGGGGUGCUGCUCGUAUGGGGCGGCUCGGACCCUCACGGCACCUUCCUUCGCGACCUCUGGCACUACAACUUUGAGAGCAAAAAGUGGGGACGAAUCGAAGCGGAGGGUGGCCCGCCUGGGCGGCACUUCCACAGCGCGGUCAUGUACGAGGGCUGCAUGUACGUCUUCGGCGGCACCUCCAACGGCUACUACAACGACCUCCACCGCUUCGACCUCAAUAAUGGCCAGUGGUCGGUUAUAUCGCCUGCCAAUCGGGCGCCGUCGCCUCGGUACGGCCACUCGGCGGUCGUGCAUCGCUACUACAUGUACGUGUUCGGCGGCUACGACAAGGAUGGGUUCGAGUGCAACGACCUGUACGAGUUCAACUUUCUCAACCGUCAGUGGCGCAAGGUCAAGACCAAGGGCAUCAUUCCCAAAGACCGAUAUCAUCACACGGCGGUCGUUCACGGGGGCUCCAUGUACGUCUUCGGCGGCAAGAAGUCCUUCAACGAGAUCGUCGAAUAUCGAUUCAGCACGGAGACGUGGUCGCUUGUGCAGUCGGAGGGAUCGGGUCCGCGGCCGCGAUGGGGCCACGGGGCGUGCGUGUGGCGUGGCGGGAUGUGGAUCUUCGCCGGCCGCGACAACGUCUUCUCCUUCAAGGACCUCCUCGUCUUCCACUUCGGUUCGUCUUGUCCACAUCCACCUCGGUUCGAACCGGUUACCUCUGAGAAGAAGUUGAAGAAGAAGAAGAAGAGGCUUACCUUCACAUACGACUUCGUUCGGCGUGCAGAGAGCGGUCGAUGGCAGCGCAUGGCGACGUCGGAGGGCAUUAGCGAGCGGGCGCACCAUUCGUUGGUGGCCUACGGCGACCACCUGUACUCGUUUGCCGGAUGCAACAUCUUCCACUUCUGCUUCAACGACCUCUUCGUCUACAAUCUGGUCGACGGCCACGGAGGAGCGCCGAAUACGCUCGUCGACGACUUCAAGCACCUGCUCGACGAUCCAUCGCUCAGCGACAUCGCCUUCGUCUUCCCGAACGAGGGCGACAAGAAGAUUCGAGCCCACAAGAACAUCCUCUCCGCCCGAUGCGCACCAAUGCAAGCGCUGCUUCGCUCGGGAAUGCGAGAGGCGUUUAGUGGUGUGGUGGUGAUUGACAGCAUCGAACACGCCACCUUCUACGCGCUACUCGAGUUCUUGUAUACGGGCCAAGUCUUCAUGCAAGCGGAUGGCCUCGUCGACCUGUUGCAGAUAGCGGAUCAGUAUCAGCUCGAGCGACUUAAGUACCUGUGCGAACGCAAGAUCAUCGGCUACGUGGACGCGGAGAACGUGGUCAAUCUACAUCUCCUCUCCGAGCAGGUGCAAGCGCCGGACCUGGCCAAGCACACGCUCGAAUACCUGGCCAAGAACUGGGCCGCCCUGAGAGAGCAGCUGCAAGGAGUAUCGUCGCUUGGCAAGGAGCAAACUGAGCGCAUCGAGAGAGUCUGGCGAAAGCGAUACAGCGGCGAUGACGGAAAGGCGCAGAGCUCUGCGAAAGCGGGUAGUGUAGAAGCGACUGUAUUGAACGAACCGUAG